ACAGCGGAUCGUUGAGCAGGCAAGAUGAAGUUCGCCGAGCAUCUGUCGGCGCAUAUAACGCCGGAAUGGCGCAAACAAUAUAUCAACUAUGAGGAAAUGAAAGCCAUGCUUUACAUGGCCGUCGAAGAAGCGCCCGCUGUCGAUAGCGUUGAAGAUGAAGUACUUGAAAGACACUUUGCUAAUUUCGAUGAAAACUUCUUUCACUACUGCGAUAAGGAAUUGAAGAAAAUCAAUACAUUCUAUUCGGAAAAGUUAGCUGAGGCGACACGUAAAUUCGCUACACUCAAUGCCGAGCUGAAGACAUGUAUCGAUGAGUCCGAACGUUCGGCGAAAAAAUCGAAAUCACUGAAGAAGCCAGGUUUGCCGCAUCGUAAAGCUGCAGAAUUGAAGCUGGCUUUUAGUGAAUUUUACUUAAGCUUGAUUCUACUACAAAACUAUCAGAAUUUAAAUCAUACAGGUUUUCGCAAGAUUCUCAAGAAACACGAUAAGCUACUGCGCGUCGACACCGGUGCCAAGUGGCGUCAAGAAUAUGUUGAAGCUUCACACUUUUUCACCAAUAAAGAUAUCGAUAAUAUCAUCAAUGAAACCGAAACCACCGUGACGACGGAGUUAGAGGCUGGCGAUCGCACACGCGCCAUGAAACGCUUGCGUGUACCGCCACUUGGUGAACAACAGAGUCCGUGGACUACGUUUAAAGUGGGUCUCUUUUCGGGCAGCUUCAUUGUGCUUGCUGUGGUGGUGGUGUUGUCGGCGAUUUUUCACGACAUUACCGGCGAAAAUCUCAAAGUUACGUUCCGUUUGUAUCGCGGUCCUCUACUCUUAAUUGAAUUUAUUUUUCUCAUCGGCGUAAAUAUAUACGGUUGGCGGUCGUCAGGUGUCAAUCAUGUGCUUAUCUUCGAAUUAGAUCCGCGUAAUCAUCUCUCCGAACAACAUCUUAUGGAAUUAUCUGCCAUAUUUGGCGUUAUAUGGACAUUAAGUAUGUUAAGCUUUUUAUACAGCGCCAGCCUAAGCAUCCCAGCAUUCAUAAAUCCGCUUACACUCACUAUUGUGAUGGUGGCAUUUUUGGUAAAUCCAUUUCAUGUUUUCCACCAUGAUGCACGUUUCUGGUUAUUGCGCAUAACUGGUCGCAUGGUAGCUGCACCUUUUUUUCAUGUUGGUUUCGCCGAUUUCUGGCUGGGUGAUCAGUUGAAUUCACUCACCACGGCAUUGCUAGAUUUCGAGUAUCUGGUGUGUUUCUAUUUUACUAAUGGCAAUUGGUUUGAGGCGCAAGAUGCUACUGUGUGCAUGGAAAAAGAUUUUCUAAUACGUCCGAUAUUUAAUUGCUUGCCAGCUUGGUUCCGUUUUGCUCAAUGUCUGCGGCGUUAUCGUGACACGCGCGAAGCAUUUCCUCAUUUAGUCAACGCUGGAAAGUAUUUCAGUACUUUUGCUGUGGUGAUAUUUGCAACGUUGAGAAGUUUUAAUAAUCGUUACUAUUCAAGCACAUUUGAUAACCCCUACACUUGGCUAUGGAUUAUAGCCUCGAUUAUAUCCUCAUGUUACGCCUAUACUUGGGAUAUAAAGAUGGAUUGGGGUCUGUUCGAUAAGAACGCGGGCGAGAACACAUUUCUGCGCGAGGAAAUUGUCUAUUCCACAGGAUUUUACUACUUCGCCAUCAUCGAAGAUUUGGUGCUGCGUUUCCUUUGGGCCUUAUCUUUUUACCUGACUGAAAUGAAAAUAGUUAGUGGUGAUAUUAUGACAUCUAUUACUGGCAUUUUGGAAGUAUUCAGACGCUUCGUUUGGAACUUCUUCCGCCUGGAGAACGAGCAUCUCAAUAACUGUGGUAAAUUCCGUGCCGUUCGUGAUAUUUCUAUUGCACCAAUCGAUUCAUCCGAUCAAACACAAAUAUUGCGCAUGAUGGACGAGCCGGAAGGUGUUAUUAAUCGCUAUACUAAAACGAAUCGUCCGAAGCCGAAAAAAUCGAAAGAUCCUGAGAAACGUAGCUUACUGCAGCCACGCGGGUCAAUGCAGGACCUCAGUAUCGAUAUUGACGGCACGAAAAAGUUGUAAAUUCACACAUGUGCACUUUUUUUGUGCGGAAAAGUGUAGCAGCAGAACGAAUUAGUUGCUUAAAAGUCUUUCGCUGCUAUAGGCAGUGAAAUGGAUACUUCCAUUGUGAAAACUGAAAACUGAUAAGCAGAUUAAGUGAAAACGUAAAACUUAGCCAAUAAGCCAUAUUCAUACUUGUUUGCCAGCAAUUUUGUACACAAAACGUUUAGUUCAAUUAUUCUCUUGGGCAUUAAUUUAAGUACUUAAAGUAAUAGUUAAUUCUCGGUUUUUUUCUUUAUUUUGUACCGCUGCUAUUACAUACAUACAUACAUAUGUACCUAUCAGGCCAGCUAAAUGUGAAGUGCAGUGAAAUUCCCUUUUAUUUUGAGCGUUCAUUUUGUAAACAUUCUACAAUAUUAGUGUAAACAUAUUCGGCAGUAUUACUUAUGUACGUAACAUAUAUGUAAUACUCCUAUAUUGGCAGUAAGAGCUAGUACCGUCCGAAAACACUACAGUACAGAUAUAUCAAUA